AUGCGCAAAUAUAGAGGUCGUAUGAAGCUUGUGCUCAAACCAUGCUCGACAGAUGAGGUAUCGAAGAUACUGAAAUACUGUAACGAUAAGAUGUUGGCGGUGGUGCCGCAGGGCGGCAACUCGGGCCUAGUCGGUGGCUCAGUCCCUAUUUUUGACAAAAUUGUCAUCAAUAUGAGUCGUAUGAACGUCAUUCGCGAUUUUUACGAGGUCUUGGGUGCUCUCGUGGUCGAUGCAGGCUGUAUUCUCGAAGUAGCUGACGCUUAUCUUAAGGAGAGAAGCUAUAUUUUCCCUCUAGACCUCGGCACAAAGGGCUCAUGCCAAAUUGGGGGAAACGUUGCGACAAAUGCCGGAGGUCUUCGGCUCAUAAGAUACGGUAGUCUUCAUGGAAGUGUUCUAGGAAUCGAAGCAGUAUUACCUGACGGAACAAUCAUGAAUGACUUAUCGAAAUUGCGAAAAAAUAAUACCGGGUAUGAUCUAAAACAACUGUUUAUCGGCGCAGAAGGCACGAUAGGCAUAAUAACAGGGAUCUCGGUUCAAUGUUAUCCAUUCUAUUGCUUCAUCGAAACUAGUGGAUUUAAUCCAGAACAUGAUCAAGAGAAGCUCGAAAACUUUUUGGAGAGUGUUUUGGAUAAAGAAAUUGCACAAGACGGGGUAUUGGCUCAGGACGAGACUCAAAUGAUGGCGUUGUGGGGCUGGCGUGAAGGAAUUCCUGAGUCCUUAGGACACUGGGGAGCCGUCUACAAGUAUGAUUUAUCUAUUCCUACAUGUGAUCUCUAUGCUUUGGUAGAUGAUGUUCGGCAUCGUAUAAACUCCGCUGGGUUACUAGGCGAUUCUGACGCGUAUCCGGCUGUUAGUGUAGUUGGUUAUGGACAUAUGGGUGAUUCAAAUCUACAUUUGAAUAUUGCUGCUCGAAGUUUCGAGAAACAACUAGACAGAGUCUUGGAACUCUCUGUUUAUGAGUGGGUUGGAAAGCGUAAUGGCAGCAUUAGUGCUGAGCAUGGGUUGGGCCUGUCGAAAAAGAACAUUAUCGGUUACAGUCGAGAUGACACUAUGAUUCAACUGAUGAAACAGAUUAAAAACUCACAUGAGCUGCAGCACGGUAUUUUGAAUCCCUAUUAG